CUCAAUGAAAGACAGACAUUUAUGAAUGUUGAAAUCGAGCAUGCACUCAAAUGGGCAACGCAGAUUGCGAAUUUAUGUAGUUCACGCCUUAAGUUAGAAGAGCGCUUGGUAAAUCUCUUGAUAGACGUAUGUUCGAUAUUGUCACGGAUGGAUGUGGAGGUACGGAAUUAUUCAGCUGAUUUUACCGAAAAUAUUUACAAAAUAGUGGGAAAAAUUUUUGAAUUGGACCUGAAAAUUGAACCGGAAAAUAUUGGUGAAUUGUUUGCAUUUAUCAGCGUUGUCCUGGAAAAGAGCGUCGAUUUACCCCUGUUGUACGAAGUGCUGAACGGCCAGUUGACGCUUGCCCGCGAACGUUAUUUUGAAACCGAGAUUCUCGAAAAUAUCUCAAGGAAGUACAGUGAUGGCGAGGAUGUGCUUUUCUCAGUAAUUUCGCUUAUUACGGCAUUCGCAGAUAUCGUACGCGAAGGAACGAACUUUUGGCUUGCCGUCAUUUCGUUGCCUUGGCUACAGACAGCGGUACUUCUUAAGUUUACUUGA